AUGUCUUUCCAAGAACUUCAGAAUAGAGAAAUAUUUCCAGAUAUUGAUUCUAUUAUUCAGAAUAAAGAUCAGUUAUUUGGUUGGAGAAUGAUUGAUUUUCUUAGAGAGGCAGAUAUGAUAAUUUUUAUCAUAGAAUUUGGUUCUAAAUCCAAUGUCAAUGUUAUUUCAUUAUCUCAAGUUGUGAAGAUGAAUUCUGCUACUGUUAAAGCAGAGGAAAUAUCAGCAAUAACUAAUGCUAUUAUUGUUAAUCAUUGUUAUAAGAUUUCAUCUAAAUCAUUAACUGAGAAAUUUAUCUUAAAAUAUGGGAAUUAUAAUCAUAUGAAAUGGUUUAGAGCUUAUAAGCAAUUACGAGAUGCUGGUAUUGACAAUGAAACAGCUGUUGGAGCAAUCACCUGUAAAAAUUAUAGAGAAGAUAGGUUUACAACUGUUACUUCACUACAUUCAAUGUAUGAGUUAAAAUUUAAGGCUAUAGACAAGGAUUGUAGAUAUUACUAUCUAGUUGAAUCUUUUGAUAGUAGAGACACUUCUGCAUUACCUCCAUACCAAAUGGGAAAAGAAAUUUACUGGGAAAAUGAAAGAAAUACUCGAAAUGAGUAUAGCAAGCUUUCACCUGAUGAAAUAUUAAUAUAA